GUCUUAUUGGCCCACGCCCGGCCUCAACCUCCACAUACUCCGUAGUCAAGGCCUGCCUCCCCACGGCUUUGCAAUGUCACUCGCUCAGCUCUUCCUUGUCCCAAGCCGUGUGUUUCUUUCUUCCUUCUUGCUUUCCUCGCGCCAUGUCUAGGUGCUUGCUCGUCGAUGAUCUACGUUGUGUUUGAUGCCGUCGACGUACGAUAGAUUCCCUGAUAGACGUCCGCACGCGCAGACGGCUGUCCUCCAUCGGUUCGUGAGGCCCGCUCGCAAGGCUUGAACAUCUCGAUCGCGGCCUGACCCUUCACAUCGCGAAAGCCCUUUCUCGUCCCUAUCGUCCAACACCCCCCCCCCACCCCAGUGUCCUCGACGUGCGCCUUUCCUCGACCACCUCCUCCCGCCAGGCGACCGUUCCAACCCAGGAGGGCAGUAAUUGGAUAUAUCCCCGUUGGCUGGCAACUGUCGAUAGCACAUCAUGGACAAAGGCGGGGAUGCGGGAGGCCAAGCGGCCAAUAAUUCCAGCGACUUUGUCCGCAAAUUAUACAAGAUGUUGGAAGACCCGUCGUAUGAAUCCAUCGUAAGAUGGGGAGAGGGGGGAGAGAGCUUUGUUGUUCUGGAAAACGAGAAAUUCACCAAGCUGAUCCUCCCCAAACACUUCAAGCAUAGCAAUUUUGCUAGCUUCGUCCGACAGUUGAACAAGUAUGACUUCCACAAGGUCAGACAGAACAACGAAGACAAUACUCCAUCUCCAUAUGGCCCUAAUGCAUGGGAAUUCAAGCAUCCAGAGUUCCAGGCAAAUAAGAAGGAUUCCUUAGAUAACAUCAGGCGGAAAGCUCCAGCACCACGGAAGUCAGCCCAGAAUUCGGAGGACCAAUUCCCAGCUCAGCAAAUGGACCUCGUCAACAGCCAGUUGAUGGCUACACAGCAGCAAUUACAACAGCUAUCGGAAAGAUACCAAGAUCUUGCUCAAGGGCACAUGGUCUUACUACAGCAGGUUGUUCAAUUACAGAAGUUUAUCAAGAAUCACGAUGGGGUCAUGCAUAGGGUUAUCGGUUUCUUACACGGCGUCGACGCCCAGAGACGGAAUAAUCGAAUAAGGGCGCCAUUUGCUGCUAACGGGUCUGGGAUGGGCGUAGGAGAUCCUUUGUCGAAUGAUCCCGCCGAUGACCAUCCGGCAUCUCCAUUGCAGCAAGCAUCGGAGCUGCUCGCUGAAUUUUCCGCCGAGAGUUUACCAAACAAGGAGCUCGAACAGAUGACCCAUGACUACCACCUACGCCAUGACUAUUCGACUCCCCCGAAUGAUCAAUGUGGUCCCACCAUAGCAUCCCACUCUGAGACGCCCAGCGCUCAUAUUGGUUAUCAGGCUGGGAAUGACCUUGAUAAUAUGGUGUACCCCGUGGGGCACACGAAUGGUAUUGAUCCGAUCAACAGCGAACAUAUUCACAACAUCCCCUAUGCUUUACCUCCGAACGGAAUGCUCCAAGUGGAACCUAUGCCGGAAAUGAUCCCUGAGGGGAGUGCUUCGGCCAGCCGAAAGAAGGGCAACAUUGAUUCGGUGUGGGGAAUGACCAAGCCUCGAAUAUUACUCGUUGAAGAUGAUAAGGUCUGCGCACGCAUAGGAUCUAAGUUUCUGCAAGCCUUUGAGUGCGGCGUGGAGACUGCUCGUGAUGGACUUGAAGCGGUGAACAAGAUCAAUAAUGCUGCCAAUCAUUUUGAUCUUAUUCUUAUGGAUAUCAUUAUGCCUCAUCUUGAUGGAGUCUCUGCCACCGUCUGUAUACGAGAAAUCCGGCCAAACAUCCCAAUUAUUGCCAUGACUUCCAAUAUUCGGGCUGAUGAUAUCGACAUGUAUUUCCGAUAUGGUAUGAACGACGUCUUACCGAAACCAUUUACCAAGGAGGGCAUGUUGCGCUCCCUUGAGAAGCAUCUCGCACAAUUUAAGAAGACGGCGCAAUUCCCAAAUCCUGCGCAAAUGGCACACCCCAGUGGAUUCGUCACGUCGAGUCAAUCCCACACCCCAUUGGGCUUGAAUAUGACCCAACUAUCCGCAGCCCAAUCAAUCAAAGAUGAGACGUCUCCCGGAAAGUCACCAGCUCCGGCGACGACAUGGCAGUCGCCCAACCAGCUACCGGGGCCAUCACCCCUUGUCGGGAGCUCCCCGGCAAGUUAUAUGCAGCAACCUAUGAGAGAUACCGGUCCGUACGGAAUAACGCGCGGCACACAUGCUCACCCGCAACCGGUGUUUGCGGGUCAAAACCCGGCAGCUAUGGCAGGGCCAAGAGGCCAACCACACCGAAGGCAAAUGACCGAAAUGGCUGGAACGAGUGGACCAGAUGAACAUCCGGAGAAACGACAGAGGAUGUAUCCGCCACCACCACCACCACCACCACCUCAAGGCAACUUCACCCAAUGACAUGCAAAUCCUGAAGUUGUAUGCUCCUUAUCGACACCAUAUAUGCGUGGGGUCUAGUUUUGUAUAUAUUCUGCAUGGCCCGCCAUAAAGUCGGCCCCUUUCGGAUGAUCAAUGAUCAAUGCUUGAUGACUGUAUUUGGAUUUGGAUUGGAUUUGGAUCGGAGAUCCAUAUUGACCCAUCGGCGCAGGUGGGCAUUCAACUUGAAGUUCCUCGGCGGCGUCUGAGGCAGAUGGCUGGGGGGCUACUUUGAGAACCGCGUGAUAUUGAUCUAUCGACUCUGGCGGUUCUGGCGCUCUUGGGAAUAGAGCUAGCAGUCGAGUGCGUUGUAGAUUGAUUUAAAUACCACAUUACGACUUAAAUUUCGAGGGGAGAGCAGUCCUCCAUGAUCCUCCCAUGUAGUUCAAUGACAGAGAUUUGACAAUGGCUACGUUCCCCCAUAGGACCUUGAUAAGCAGCCUUCAAAUAGAACACUGGAGAUUGAACGGAG